AUGAAUUUGCAGCUUAUUGGCGUUCCUGAUCAAGCUGAAAAAGAUGAGGUUGUUAAAUCAGUGAUGGAUUUGAAAAGUGCUGAAAUUGAAGAAGGUUACACCAUGGAUGCUGUUGCAUCUCGCCAGGGUCUUUUAAUGGAUGUGAGAGAUAAGCUUCUUUUUGAACCAGAAUAUGCUGGUAAUAUUAAGGAAAAGAUCCCACCUAAAUCUUCCCUACGAAUCCCUUGGGCUUGGUUGCCAGGUGCUCUUUGCCUUCUUCAAGAGGUUAGAGAAGUUAAGCUUGUGCAAGAUAUUGGUCGUGUAGCUGUUCAGCAUCCAGAUGCUAAGCUGUAUGUUCAUGAUCUUCUUCUUUCUAUGGCACUAGCGGAAGUAAGGCAUAUCAGCAAAGAGGAAAGUGGAACUGAGAAGCCUAUUGUUGCUUUUAUUGCUGGACUAACUGCUCCUCCUGGCCUUCGUAUGGGUCAUGCUGGAGCUAUUGUGUCAGGGGGGAAGGGUACAGCACAAGACAAAAUCAAGACCCUUAGGGAAGCUGGGGUGACAGUGGUGGAGUCUCCAGCAAAAAUAGGGGUUGCGAUGCUUGACGUCUUCAAACAGAGGGGCCUUGUGAAUUAG